AUCUACCGGGAAAUUUUCAAACAUGGGACAGGCUCAAUUUUUGGACACUAGUACACUACACGAAGUACGAACGCGACAGACGGUGUAGCUGUCAUCUGUGGACCCGGCUUUACAGUUAUAAAUAUUUUAAAUAUAAUUAUAAAAAAAUCACUUCACCUUCACCCGUUCACCAUGAAACCUUUAAUGUUACAAGGGCACGAGCGUGCCAUUACUCAAAUUAAAUACAACAGAGAGGGUGACUUAUUGUUCUCGUCUGCCAAGGAUGUAACACCAAACGUUUGGUAUUCUUUGAACGGGGAGCGUCUUGGUACAUACAUUGGCCAUACUGGAGCUGUAUGGUGUAUUGACGUUGAUUGGAAAACCACUAAAUUUUUGUCCGGUGCUGCUGACAACACUUUAAGGCUUUGGGAUGUUGCUACUGGUGCGGAGAUUGGUAAUAUUAGUAGUAAUUCAGCUGUGCGUACAUGCUCUUUCAGUUACUCAGCUGAUCUUGCCAGCUAUUCAACAGAUCAAGCUAUGAAACAAGAUUGUGAAAUAUUUAUAGUUGAUGCUCGAGAUGACGAAUCUUUUAAAAGCAGUGCCCCAAUUUUGAGAAUGACUGUGCCAGAUUCCAAAGUGACUUCUUUAAUUUGGGGUACAUUGGACCAUACAAUAAUUACUGGACAUGAAGAUGGUGCUAUUACUCAAUGGGAUUUGAGAACUGGAAAAAGCAUAGAAACUGUAAAAGACCAUCAAGGAUCAAUCAAUGACAUGCAAAAAAACCGACAAGGUACUAUGUUCGUUACUGCAUCAAAAGACAAAACUUCAAAGUUAUUUGAUGUUGACGAUUUGUCAGUCCACAAAGUCUAUGUGACUGAACGUCCUGUCAACAGUGCUUCACUUUCACCUGUAUAUGAUCACGUGGUAUUGGGUGGUGGUCAAGAUGCUAUGGAUGUAACAACAACAGCAGCACAAGCAGGAAAAUUCGAUGCUAGAUUCUUUCAUGUAAUUUUUGAAGAAGAAUUUGCAAGAGUGAAAGGUCAUUUCGGUCCCAUAAAUUCAUUAGCAUUCCAUCCAGAUGGUGAAAGUUUCAGUACAGGUGGAGAGGAUGGUUUCAUUAGGGUACAAUCAUUUGAUCCGUCUUACAAAGAAUUUAGAUUUGAUUAUUGAUUAUUAUUUUAGUGUUAGCAAUUAAAAAAAAAAUAAUAAUAAAAACGUCUUCCAAAAAAA